AUGGCUUUCUGUAAGUCAACUCCUACCUCGGCCCCCGUGAGAGCGGCAGCACGUGUCUCAACCACUGACAAUAAGAGCCUGUGUGAUAUGGACUGCAAGCCGGAGGUAGUUUGUCGUGUCUGCGGAGACAAGGCUUCUGGAAAGCACUACGGCGUUCCCUCCUGUGAUGGCUGCAGAGGUUUCUUUAAACGAAGUAUCCGAAGGAACCUAGAUUACAUUUGCAAAGAAAACGGUUCUUGCAUAGUGGAUGUGAGCAGAAGGAAUCAGUGCCAGGCCUGCCGCUUCUCGAAAUGUUUACGAGUUAAUAUGAAGAAAGAUGCUGUACAAAAUGAACGUGCACCGAGAACACUGGGCAAUCAACAUCAACUUGCUCUUCAAAAGCUGAGUUACUUAUCACGGCAGUCGGCUUUUUUUCCUAAUCAUUCUCCGGUAGCCUUAUCGACAUUUUCUCCAUAUACGUAUCCAAUACAAGACCGCGUCCAGAAUCCUUACUUGGCUAAUUCAUCCUUGCAAAAUUAUUCCAAUCAAUCAUCGAUACCAAUGGACGUUCCAAAUCUCAAUCCCCUUUUUAACAAUCCAAGUGCUAUAAAUCCGUUCAAAUUUCCGCUAUUCCCUGGACCCAUGCAAUACUCUUUACCACAUCCGCAUACAUAUUUUUCUGCAAAUAUUUUCUACCCUCCCAUCAUAUCUGCCGAGAAUCCUACACUGUACUUGGAUUCACAAGAAACUUCUUCGAAUGCAUUGCAUAACUCACAAUUCGGAACAUCUAUACAUAAGAAUAUCCCAGAAAAGCCUGACUCACUAAAUUGUGACAAAAUAAAAGAAAAUGAAGUUACCAGUUCUGAAGAAACCUGCAGGGACACGGCAUCAAAAGGCGCAACUAUUCAUAAAAUUCACAAUCAGUCAAACCAGAAAGUGGACUGCACAGAAAAUAUCAUCCCUAAAUGCAGUAAUAAAAAUAAGGAACAAGAUUUGUUUACGUCAAGAGAAAAACGUUUUUCGCUGUCUGACCUAGCUGAUUAUUCGGAAGUCGUUAGACAGACACAGGCCAAUGUAAUGUUUAUGGACAGAGGUGUUAAAUACAGGAUUGAUCCACAAAAUUCCCAAAUGGACAUAGAGUUAUACAAUCCAGGUGCAAGGAUGUUGGUGUCGGCCGUGCAAUGGUUACAUACAAUCCCGUCAUUCACACAAAUCUCCCAAAAGGAACAAAUAUUGCUGCUACAAAGUAAUUGGAAGGAAUUGUUUAUAAUGCAUGCGGCAGAAUACUCUUUUUGUUUCGACGAAGAACAGAUCUCACCUGUUAUCACGUCGAAACGGCCAAAUAUCAAAGAAGAGAUCAGGAAAUUGGCAGCGCUCUUGAAAAGAAUUUCCCUGUGCCGAUUAGAUAAAACUGAAUUCGAUUGCUUGAAGACAACGAUAUUAUUUCGAACAGAUUUCCUAGACGUCCCGUCAGUCACACAAAUGGCAAUCACUCAAGAGGAGACAUUAAUGCAACUACAGAAGCACUGUUCACAUAAGGACUUUUUCAGGCUCGGAAGAAUUAUGUUAUUAUUGCCUAGUAUAUGUUAUAUUGCAAACCAAGGUCUUCUAGAACAUCUACUUUUUUCAACUAUAUCGUUUCAAGACAUCCAUGAAAUACUUUCUAGAAUACUUAUUCACACUUCGACUUAA